AUGUACAUUCUAUAAAUCAUCAAUGCAACUUUAGAAUGCACUAGAGCCCCCAUUUUGAAUCUUAUUUUACUUUUAAUAAGCUUAACUAUUAGUCUAUUCUAAAUAGUACUUUUGACAAAAUAUAAUAACUUGAAUAUUUAUACUCAAUUUGCAAUAAAUAUUAUGAGUGUAUUUGCUAAACAAAAUGAUCAAUUCAUGAUAUUAUAAUCACUAGUUGGAUUUACACUUUUUAUGUAAAUUGAUUAAAUAAGAUGGCAAUUUAAUAUCCUUGCUUGUUCAAGUAGUAUUGGAAAAUUAUCAUAGUCCAUGUAACCCUAAUCUGUAUAUAUUCAUAAAAUAAUGAAGUCCAAUCUUAUUUGAUGACAAUAUUCAAUAUUAUAAUACUUACUUAUUUUUCUUGGGCUGUUAAAGAGUAAAAUAGAUAAAAAGAAUAAAAUUAAGGAUCUUUACUGACAUCUCGUAUGCCUAAUACAAUUAAAUCACUUAUUUCUUUAGAGGAUAUACAUUUUAUAGAAUAAAAAGCUAUUGUUCUUGAUAAUACAUCUAUUCUUGAAGUGAGAUCUUUUGCUAAUGAUCUUAGAGAUAUUUUAAUUAAAGAUGAUAUUUCUGAAGAUAAUUUUUUAGAUCAUAUGAAAAUACUCAAAGUAGACAAACAAACUUAAAAAGACUUAAAUUAAAAAAUAAAAGGAAUUAGUAUCCGUUAACUUAUAAGCAAAUGUUAAAUUUUACAAAAGACAACAUAGAUAAUAAUAAUAAAAACUAAUUUUAUAUAAUUAGAAUAUUAUUAGAUAAAAUUGUAUUUUGAAAGAGAUGUGAUUAUUUUAAAGUUUGAAGAAAUUAAAGAGUUUGCCAAAUAUAUUAAAAAAAAUUCAUGUUAUGCAUUAAUGAAUAAAUUAUUUUAAUCCUUUAGUCAUGAGUUUGGAACAUUAUUGAAUUAAAUAGCUUUAAAUGCAUAGAACGGUUUUGCCUAAUUUCCAUCUAUGAAGGAAUAAUUUGAUUCGAUUUAUAAUUGUGUAGUUAUGAUGAAUAAUAUGGUUAAAGAUUUAAAGGAUUUUCAUUAAUUACGUAGUAAAACAUUUUAAUUAGAAAUUGUUGAUGUGAAUAUUGAUAAUAUUUUUUAUGAACUUCAAAACUUAUUCAAAUAAUAAUCAACAUAAAAAAAGAUAUCCUUAGUUUUAGUGAAUAAAGUAUAUAUCAACUUUAAAUAAGAUGAAUAAAGAAUUAAAUAAAUACUAUAAAAUCUUAUUUAAAAUGCUAUCAAAUAUACAAAUUAAGAUGGAAAUAUUUAUGUUAUUUCAGAAAAAGAAGAUGAUAAAAGAAUUAAAUUUUCUGUUAUAGAUUCAGGUAUUGGUAUAUCUGAAAGUGUUGCAUAUAAUAUAGAAUAAAUGUUAGGUAAUGAUUUAAUUUUGACAUCAAAACUUUCAGAAGGUGCAGCUGGAUUAGGUUUAGGAUUGUUAAAUUCUAAUUAUUUAAUUAAACACUUAUCUUCUUUUUAAUAAGCACAUAAAGAACAUUUAUAAUUUACAUCAAAACUAGGAAAUGGAACUAAAUUCUGGUUUUAUAUUUGGAAAUAUCAAGUAUUAGAAUCACCAUCAAGUUAAUUGGAAUAAAAAUCAAUAAAAAUGAUAGAUAAGAAAGUAUUUCUACAUUAGAAAUCCAAUAUUGCACCACCACUUUCCAGUAUAAUUUAAAAUCCUAAAAGUUGUCCAUCAUAAAUCAUAAGAUUGACUCCAAAUAAAUCUUGCCAAAUUAGUCAAUAACCUUAAAUAUUUUUCCCAUAGAAUAUAAAGGAUGAGAAUAUUAUGAUAAUGGAAGAAGAUGAUAGAACAAUUGCAGAAGAUCCUAAACCUAAUCAUUUACCAGGUUAAAGAGUAAGAUUACCAUCUAUGAGUUCACCAUAAUAUUAAUAUGUUAAAUUACUACUUGUAGAUGAUGAACCAGCUAAUUUAUUCCCUCUUAAGAUCAUGAUUAAAAUGCUUGGUUUUGAGAGUGAUAUAGCUAUAAAUGGAUAAUAAGCUAUUUAAUAGGUGGAAUCAAGAUUAAAUUAAAAAUGUUAAUAUCAUUUAAUUUUAAUGGAUAUUAAUAUGCCAUAAAUGGAUGGAUUUCAAACUACAAGAUUAAUUAAAUAGAUAUAACCUGAAAUUAUUAUAGUAGCUUGUUCAGCUUUUAGUGACAUGUAGACUAAAUAUUAAGCCUAAUUACAUGGAAUGAUAAAUUAUCUUGA